AUGCACCUACCGGUCGUUUCCUUGCUCUUCGCCGCCCUCUGCACGUCUCUCUUCCUCACCAAGCUGAUUCUGCUCCUCAUCCACGCGCCUACCAUCCCCGUGGCUUCGGCUCUCUUCUACCUGCCGACCUUCUUUCUGCCCGACUUUCUCGUCAUAUGCGUCGCCAGAUUGGCUCUUCGUCGGGAAAAGGGCCCUCUCCGCCCCGCUUGUCGGGGCGUCGUGGUGGUUGGAGCCGCAUCAUCCACCCUAGGUUUCUUCUAUGAGACAGGCAGUGAGCUUGAAUGGCACUCGGCCGCCACCUUCGCAUUCGAGAAGGAAGCCAGAGAUGUCUUGCUCAGCGGUCUCCUGCCUGUCACGGCAUCCGCCCUGUUCAUUCUCUCCGUUGCGUGGUUCACCCAUCAAAUCCUUUACAAAGCCGUUGGAGACUUCCUGAUUGAAGCUGGCUACUGUGUGGUUUACGCAUGCAAGCAGUUUCUGAAAUCACGCCAGGUUCAUGAUGUCGAAAAGGACGCCGAAUCUAGCCGCAGCAUGUUGCACAAUGGCGAGGGCGAGGACAACAACGGUCAGCAACCCAAUGCGCCCGCCGACAUCGAUAGCGACGACAGCGACGAUUGGGGCAAUCCUCCUGAACUAAGGGAAACCAAGUCUUCCCGAUCCAGCUCGAGAUCCCGUUCUCCCCAAUCGCAGUCCCGACCUUCACGUGUGCCUUCGUGGAGGCUCAAGGCUGCAGCACUAGGCUUUUUGGCCUUCGCCAUGAUUUUACGACCACACAAGCCCUUCGACCACAUGUCUGUCACGCUCCCCGUCGCCAUGCUCGAUAUGUUUUCUUUCAGCGGCCCCCCUCGGCACAGCUGCAUGGGGGCCGGACAUCAUGGCCUGAACAACUGGCCCUUACCCGAGUUGACGGAGAAGUCUCGGUGGAAGAUGCCCAAGGGGAACUUCAAGGGCUGGGCACCUGGUGAUAGCAGCCCCAUGGCCGAUGCUUACCAGCACCGAGUCGUUGACUGGGCCCACCACCUCCUCACGCUCACGAUCAUGGCCCGCCCGGCCAUGGCUUACCCGGGCAUCCUCCGCCUCCUCCGCCGCCCCCUCAUGGACGACCCCGUGGAGAAGGGCCACCUGGGCCACCCGGGCAUCAUCCUCCUCCACCUCCGCCUCCUGGAUGCCCGCCUCCAGAUAUCCAGCAGUCAUUCUACAACCCUCCUCGACAAAGACGAAGUCAAGAUCAAACAUGUGGUCUUUAUACUCAUGGAGAGUCUGCGCUCUGAGGUCUUCCCCAUUCGACCGAACACCAACUUCCACGACAUGAUUGUGGAAGCGAACGAGGAGGAGAUGAGGGAUGAGAUCAAACUUCGACUGGCCCAGAUGACUCCCAACAUCGCAAAGAUCACAGGAUACACGGCAGACUUCGAAGGGAUUGAAACACCACCAGUGUCCUGGGCAGGGCCGUCCCAGCCCGGUUACGGAGGUAUUAAUGUGGUUGGAGCGCUGACAAGCAGCACCAUGUCCACGAAGAGCUACUCAGCCAAUCUGUGUGGCACAUGGCCCAUGGCUGUGGAAAAGUUCGACGAGGCCGACACCGACGCCUAUCAACCGUGUCUCCCCCAAAUCCUUAGUCUCUUCAACCGAGACAAGGACGGCAGUGGCAAACCCGAUCCUGCAAGCGACUUUCGCCAGCAAAAGUGGCGUCCCGCACUAUUCGAGGCAAUGACGGAGACCUUUGACAGGCAGGACAAGUUUGACAAGAAGAUUGGAUUCCAACACAUUGUGACCGAGAAGCAACUCAAGGCAGACACGUCGCGGUACAAGCCGCUCGAGCCACUUUACGAAAAGGUCAACUACUUUGGCUUUGCCGAACCCGUCCUCGUCCCCUACCUGAAGGACUAUAUCAACGAGACGGCGGCGAAUAACGAGCGUAUGUUCAUGAUGCACUUUACCAGCUCGACCCACCAUCCCUGGGUCACUCCGAAGGCGUGGAAUACGACCGAUUAUUUCGACAGCAAGGGCAUUAAACACCGGGAUCUGAAUAAGUUCCUCCAGACCGUCAACUACCACGAUGCUUGGAUGGGCAACCUAAUGCAGCUUUUUGAGGAGACGGGAAUUGCCAAUGAAACGCUUGUCGUGUUUGCAGGCGACCACGGCCAGGCCUUCAAGGAGGACUGCAAGAGGCAGGGUACCUUUGAGAACGGCCACAUCAGCAACUUCCGCAUCCCCAUCGUCUUCUCUCAUCCCCACCUUCCCCGGAUAGAGUACGAGGCCAACGCGACUUCCCUGUCCAUUCUCCCUACGAUCUUGGACCUUCUUAUCAAUACCGGAUCUCUCAACAAGCAUGAUAGCAGCAUCGCAUCUGACCUCGUGCACGAUUAUGAGGGUCAGUCCCUCAUUCGACCCUACAAGACGGCGGACGAUGGCCGCCGCGCAUGGAACUUUUCCGUCGUCAACUCGGGAGCUGGCAUGCUCUCCAUCACCUCGGCAGACACUACUUGGCGACUACUUCUGCCCCUCGUGGAGACUUUUGACUACAAAAUGUCUGACCUACAGACAGACCCAACUGAGCAGGAUGUGCUUUCGGCCUGGUCGCUGAAGAGGCUGGUCAGUGCCGUGCGGAAGAAGCACGGGGAAAGCGCUGCUGAUUGGGUGAAAGAGGCUGAAAUCGUCGCGCAGUGGUGGAUGAAAGAACGACGGCGCCUCUGGAGGCAUUCUUGAGACGAAUAGAAGAUAGAGAGCGGAAAAUGAUUUGUUUACAUGUUC